UACUAGUAUUUUUGGAAAUCUGACGGUUUCACAAACUCAUGAAAGUCGUCAUGAACGACCGAUGGGCGAUGGAAGCGUUACACGCGCUCCAACAUCGCAAUCCUGCGAGAUUGAAGGCAGUAUUCCGGGAGAACCCCGAUGCUCGCAUCAACACCGUCGUCCUAAAGCGUCCUGGCGGCGCGCCGUUCGAUUUUGCUGGCGAAGGUUUCUUUGACGGCCGCGCGGCGGCGUGGGCGCCGACUUCUUUCGAUGUCGUCAAACAUGGAGAUACGUUGGUGAUCCUUGCGCUCCGGCAGAACGAUCCAGCAUGCGCGUCGGUACUCGUCGAGGCUGGCGCGAACUUGCAGCUGACAAAUGUCGACUACGAGUCAGGCAUUUCCUUGGCCUGGGGUGCGUACUUGAGUCUCACAGCUGCCAAAACAAAGGCAUCGUCUGCAUUAACGCCGCAUAAAGCCGCUUACGACGCCCUUUUCACGCACAUCUACCCACAGCUCCAAGAGUACCAUAACCAGAUCAAGGCGAAUGUUCGAGCUGAGCUUGUGACCCUAUACACAACACAUGCUCCCGACCGGCUGGACAAAAUCGACAGCCAAAUUACUGCCUUUUACGGCAACGAAGCAGACUUGGUGGCAAAAGUCCGGGCGAAAUACAGCAGCGACUAACAGUCAGCGACUAACAGUUACAAUGUCGACACAGUAUAUGCAAUUGGAACAUGAAUCAGAUGCCUUUGCGCGAUUAUUUCG